CCGUUGACCCCUACUUAUAAAUUACGUUCACGCGCUGCCGCAUGCCCGGCCCAUGCUGCAUGCUGAUGCCACGCUCUUCAUGUACCAGUACAUGGUAUACCAUUGGUGAGAUUCAUUCAGCUCACUUAAAAAGCCAGGCGAACGGUGCAUCAUCAGGUAAUCAGCCAGUGCAGUGACUAGAACACCGCAUCACUAUGGUCACCAAGGUUGGAAUUAAUGGAUUUGGUCGCAUUGGCCGGCUGGUAUUACGAGCUGCCCUUCAGAAAAAUGAUAUCCAGGUUGUAGCAGUUAAUGACCCCUUCAUUGAUCCUGAGUACAUGGUUUACAUGUUCAAGUAUGACUCUACCCAUGGAAUGUUUGAAGGCUCAGUUGAAUUUGAUGGUGGUGACAUUGUUGUUAAUGGAAAACACAUCAAAACUUAUUCAGAGAAGGAUCCGUCUGCGAUUCCUUGGGCUGAAGCCGAAGCAGAGUAUGUUGUCGAGUCAACUGGUGUUUUUACAACCAUGGCAAAGGCCGAAGCACACAUUAAAGCUGGUGCAAAGAAGGUCAUUAUAUCUGCACCCUCAGCUGAUGCACCGAUGUUUGUCAUGGGAGUUAAUAACACAGAGUACAAGAAACACAUGGACAUUGUAAGUAAUGCUUCCUGUACAACCAAUUGUUUGGCUCCUCUUGCCAAAGUGAUUGAUGACUCAUUUGGAAUUAAGGAGGGACUGAUGACAACUGUGCAUGCUUAUACUGCUACUCAAAAGACUGUUGACGGACCUAGUGCCAAGAAAUGGCGUGAUGGUCGUGGCGCUCACCAAAACAUCAUCCCAGCAUCCACAGGUGCAGCCAAGGCUGUUGGUAAAGUCAUCCCUAAGCUUCAGGGGAAACUUACUGGAAUGGCUUUCCGUGUUCCGGUGCCAGAUGUUUCAGUUGUUGAUCUCACUGUUCGUCUGGAGAAGGAAGCAUCCUAUGAUGACGUAAAAUUGGCUAUCAUAAAGGCUUCAGAGGGUCCAUUAAAAGGCAUUCUUGGAUACACAGAAAAUCAGGUUGUGUCUAUGGACUUUCGUGGAGAUCCCCGCUCUAGUAUCUUUGAUGCUGGUGCAGGAAUUGCUCUAAAUGACAACUUUGUCAAGUUAGUCUCCUGGUAUGACAAUGAGUAUGGAUACAGCUGCCGAGUAGUGGAUUUGAUUGCCUACAUGGCUUCUCAGUAACAACAUGCAGUUUGACUGGAGAUCUGGCAGAUAUCUGCUGCCACAAUCAUGGAGUGACUUUUUUGGGAUUUUUUUCAAAAUAGGGUAUAGUUCUUUAGACCCAAAGUACUAGGAUUAAAUUCAACAAUAUUACACAGAGUUUCGAUUUCUUAGGUUGUUUUUUUAAAGUGUUCAAUUCCUCAGUUAUUUUCAAAAAUAUUAAAACAUUUCAGUCAUUUGAGUUCUUUUUUAAGUUUGUUAAUUUCUCUCACAGGUUUGUUGUAAUGCCCCAAACUAUUUUGAUGUGUUUUGAAAAUAAGAAUGGUCAAUUGCAUAGACUUUCUGUCAUUUCAAGUUAUUAGGUAUUUGCUUUCAGGAGGUUUUUUUUUUGGAUUCUCGGCCUAACUAAACAAACCUUCCCAUAUGAAAUAGGGUCACCUUAAAAAAAGUCGGCAUGAGUCAGUCUAGGACAAUUCUAUGGGUGACAGACUCACGUAUUGGUAGGGAUUUUUGCAAUUUGUCUUAUCUUGGCGUAAUGGUAGUAGUAAGUUAGGUCCUAGUUUCUAGUGUGAAUUCUUUGUUGGAAGUGUACAUCUAAUAUAGCGGCUUGAAAUGAAUUGUACUUGGCUAGGAUAAAGUAAAAUUAAAGUAAAACAUGCUGCCGUGAUAACAGACUUAAACUUUCAGCUUCCUUUUCAGGGAUUAAUAUAGAAUAAAACCCCACGUAAGUUGGCUUAUAAAAAGUAAUCCUGCAUGUACAGAUUCAUGUGUAUAGUAAAGAUGAACUACAGUGUUCUCCACGGGCUGUUUUAGCAGGGUGGACUGCCCUGCCAAAAUUUCGAGCCGGCCCGCUAAAAUUUUGCCGCCUGGCUAAAACUUGUGCCGCCCUGCUAUUUUUUUGAGUAGUGCAUUUUUCCCCGAAUGUCUACUUUCUCAAGAUUUAAUAAAAAAGAGGUUUACCGCAGUUUGUGGAUCGAGUUUGAGUUUACCGAAGACGCUUAUGAUGUACUGACAAUGACAAGGAACAUCAAGAGCUGAGUGCAGCACGAGUCUAUAUGUGACGUAGCGUUUGACAACUUGACUGCUUUAUGCCCAACCCUCAUUCCCAUGGUGAUCAUUGGCUGCCUAACCAUCCAAAAAUUUGGCUGCCAAAAACCAUCGAAUAUUUUUUGUACAUGUACUGUACAUUCUAUUGUGCAAGCGUGUACAUGUGCCCACGCAGUGCAUGUGACAUUGCUUUGCAGAGUGUGCACGGGCACCGAUGGAAGGAUUGUGCCAUGCCUGAGCGGCCCCCACGCUCUGCUCCGAUGGAGGGGUUGCUUCAUUUUUAUGACGUGAGCUUGAAAUUGUAAACCUAUAUUUGCCUGAACAUAUUUCUUUUACCCUUUCACAGUCAACUGAUCAUUGAGAAAACCGCACUCGCAUUUAUGUCUACUGCGCUGCCAAAAUUUUCCGUUGUGGAGAACACUGUACUAUGUCAUCUGUUAAUUGGUUGUUUCCAAUAUCACAGCAGUGCUGAACAUCACCAUUUCCCCUGAAAAACAAAAUUUGAAACAGGGAAUGACAUUUGUAUCAAAUUGCCCUUGAGAAGAUGAAGUACACAGAUAUUUCAGCUGCUUGUGCUUGUUUGCAUUACAUAUAUCAUAGAUUCUACCAAAAGUAAGAAUGAGUAUCAUUUCGAAUGAAAAUUUUAGAAUGCUAAUCAGUAAAUUAACUAAAAUAUGUCCAUGAAGUGGGAAAGAGAAAAAGUCAAAAAAAGUUUUCAAUGCUGAAUCACAGAUUGCAGAUUAAUAAUGGCCCUUUAUGUCAACCCACUGGAAUGAAAUACACCCUUCCAAUUAAAAAGCAGUCAUCAAGAUAUAGGUCAGGAAAUAAUGGUACCGACAUAGGAAUGAUUUUGUAAUGGAAAUUUAGAGCCUUUUAAAGUAAGUAAAUUGUUAAUCUUUGGAGUAAUAAACCAUCGUAUGUUGAAGGUUUGGAAUGUUCUGCUUUAGACAUGGUAGUACAACAAAAGACCUAAUUUUUUCAGUAGUUUGUCCUUACCUUUAUAACUUGGAGUAAAUAAAGUUAAAACAAAAAUUUGAUGAAUGAAUUUACAUGAAUAGUAAAUACAUACUGAGAUACAAAAUUCAA